AUGGUUUUCCAUGACCCUCAGUUUCAGCUGUACAUCAAUGGAUUCAUCAACAAAAUCCCCUUUGAGGAUGCUAAGGUCCUCUCAUCAGAGCACGAGCGGACGACGCUCUCAAGGAACGACCAAGAAGUGGGGCGCUUCUUCCGGUCCCUUGACAUUGACAGCAUUUCUCAGCCACAUCACGAUCUCGACGGGUUCAUCUCCGAAAGGAACAAGGAACGGCUAGUUGACCUCGCCGGCAAAGGGCGUCUGAUCGAGGGAAACUUGGGUGGAGCUCGCAUUCUCAACAUCGAAGACAUCUCUACAGCCAUUUCCCCCGGUCCUGACGCGGACACCGUGUACGUUAUCGGCCAUCGGCACCCUGACGCCGAUUCAAUCGUCAGUUCAGCCUUUGAAGCAGCUCGGCGGCAGCUCGUCUAUGGGAAGCCUUGCGUUGCAUGGUCCGACGGCUUGCCCCAUGUCUUCGGACCCAUCAACGACAUCGUCCUCGUGGACCGCAAUUCCAUUGACGGGGGCCACGAACACCAAGUCAGGUCAAUCAUCGACCAUCACAUUCCACGAGGUAUCUUGGUCGUCAACUGUCCAGGUUUACAUCAAGUUGCUAGGCUCGGGCCUGGAUCUGACGGCGCGACUGCGAGGGAGCUCCUAGAGGCCACUCUCCUGGAGGCAGAACCGGACCUGGCAAAAAGCAUGAGCGUCUUGGACAACCUUAUUCUGGGCUGCCUGAAAACCCUGGCCAGCGAAUACGCCAACUAUCCAGAUCUCAUGGCCAUGAUGACCAAUGACACUACACUAAGCGACCCGUUCGUGGCCGAUUACAAGGAGAGACUAUACGGCUUUGUUGUCAAGACUCGCAUUCCAGCUUCGUACGAGCAAAGGGCAAAAACCAACAUUGAGCGCCACCUCUCCCUUAGUCUGACGUUCCGCCCGAUAUACCGCGACAUCCCGCCGAUCAAGUACACCGUCAGCAGCGACAGCGGCUCCUAGGUCAAGUUUGACGUCUUUCCCAGGCUCUUGUCGAUCCAGCCUGAGCCUGAGUCUGAG